GGUCUUGCAAGUUGCCCAGGCUGGCCUCAAACUUGUGAUCCUGCUGCCUCAGCUUCCCAGAGUUGCUUGAAUUAACAGGCGUGUACGACUGUGACUGGCAAUAGUGUUCGAAUUUUAACCCUCAAAAGCCUCGGGGAAAUCUAUCAUUCCCUGUACGGUCACUACCAAGGAAGUCCUUGAGUCAAAAACGCACCUGAGUCGGAGAUCCUACCUUUCUUCCACUCUGCCUGAGUGCCUGACUCGGUAGACUCAUCCACUCAUUGUCAUCUCACUUCAAAAAACAGGUGUGUGACGCAUUCCCAGACCCUCCAUCCAAGUCAGCAUCAGCUACUUCUGUGACUGGGUCCAGAUUAAGGUCCUCCCAAGACAGACUUCAUUAGAUCCACGCUUAAGAGGAAUCUGCCAGGUUUUCCUACCCCCUCUGCAGCACUGUAAAGUGUCAAGGCCUGAAGACUUGGGUACGUGUAUUACAACUGCAAGGGUGCCAGCACCAGCCACACAGAGUAAGCCUCGUGUCUGUGUGACGCCACCACCGGCUGAUAACGCACAAGAAAAAAUAACUAAUUGAGACUAGAGCCCUCUCUUUUCUUGUGAAGCUGGGAUUUGAAAGAGCUGUUCUGAGAUCUGCACUGCUAGUAAGUGACUGAUAACAUCAUAGACUGCAUCGGUCCCUGAGGUCAGAGAUUGAGCUGCAACUGAGUGAACACCAGACAACGAAAUCUUGAAGAAUUGCACUGAGGUGCAAGCCACAUUGAACCUUCUGCAAGUAAUGCUGGUUGAACUGAGAAAUUGCUAAACAAACCUGUAACGGGACUGCUUAUUUGGGUGUCUCUGUCAAUUUGCCUCUUGCUGUUACAUUGCUCCUUGUGUUGUCUUUUGAAGUCCAGAUGUUCUCCGAUAAUUCACAUUGCCCUGAUUGUGGGCAGCAAUGGUUCCCUAGCUUAGAACUAGGCCAUUGGUUGUACCAAACCGAACUUGUUGAAAAUGAAUGCUACCAAGUAUUCUUAGACCGUAUUAACAGAGCUGAUUAUUGCCCAGAAUGCUAUCCUGAUAAUCCUGCUAAUAGAAGCCUUGUUCUUCCUUGGUCUUUCCCACUUGAGUGGGCUCCCCAAAAUCUUACCAGGUGGACCUUUGAAAAAGCCUGCCAUCCAUUUCUUCUGGGUCCUCCACUGGUUAGAAAAAGGAUACAUGACUCCAGAGUAGCUGGUUUUAACCCUGCGUUACAGUUAAUCUUGACCAGAACAGAUAAAACCUUAAACAAAAAACUUGGCCAAAAUAAAUAACUUCAAUAAUAGUAGAAAUCAUGGAGACUGUAGAGGGUUUUGUGCUAAUAGCCCAAGGAAGAUGGAAAUAUAAUUCAUUUUUUUUUCUUUUUCCUUUUUUUUUUUUUUUUUGGGGGGGGUGUGCUGGGGAUCAAACCUGGGGUCUCACCCAUGCUAGGCAAGCACUAUACCACUAAGCUAUAUCCCCAGCCUCAUUUCUGAAUCUGACCCAGGCACUACUUAGGGGAACUGCUUAAAUUAUUGGGUUUGCUUCUGUGGCCUAAGCAUAUUUUAUUUAGCAUAUUUUAGUAUUCUAACCAGAUGGUUCAUCUAGAACCAGACUAAUGCAUAUAAAUAAUGUUUUGAAACUAGCUUGCCCCUCCUAAAAAGUUGUACAACCUAAUUAUUGAUAUCCAACUAGGUAUUCCUGGAGGGGAGGCCCCAUACUGUGUGCCCCAUAAUUGUAUUUCUAAUAGUAACUUUUGUGGGAAAGCAUCCUCACUGUAGCUGAAUUCUAGAUUCUUCCAAUAAAUUUUAAUAAGAAACUACAUUGUUCUAAAUUGUCCCUCUUCUACAUCUAUCGGUGAUAAAGAGAGAUGUAUGAGUGUGUGUGUGUAUAAAAUUUAUUCAUAUAUAACUAUUUAUUCCUCUUGCUCUGUUUGGCCCCAUCCUCAUGUUAAUAACUGGUCAUGGCCAGAAAAAUUACAUUCUAUUAGGCAACACUUACAUAGUUUACACAAAAAUAUGUAAAAAUGCUGCCUGUUUACAUUUUUAACUUGGCUCUACAUAACCAAAGACUACCCUGUCUUUGUAGUGACUGAAACCUAAAAUGUCCUCCCUUGGAAAUGGAAAAGUACCUGUAUUGUGAGGUUUAUGGCAAAAGGAAUUACCAAGCUUGACUUUAUAUGAAUUAUGAACACUCUAGUGGAAGCAUCUUUCUUAGAAAGUCUUGCUGGCCAUGUCUGGCCUUCUCUUAUUCAUGAAAAUCAUGGAAUCAGAGUUGGAAGUUAGGCAACUUGGGAAAAGCUGUUGGAAACAUCUCAGAAGCCACUGGACAAUUUUCAGAUUAAGAUGCUGGGUAAUCCAGUGCUUGUGUAGCUAGCAGCUCAGCAAUGCUUUUGAGGAUCCAGACUCUGUCCUUACCUCUAGGAUCCUUGUGUUUGAUUUCUGUCUUCAUGGUUUGUUUCCUCAAUGAGUGUAAUAUGGUUUGUUGUUGCCCCAGACAUUUUAAUCCCACCAGAGACUGGAAGCAGGGAGCAAAAAUCUUUCUCUCUUCAAGAUUGUCUUGUUUGGGAGUAAAAUCUUUCCACCAGAUUCCUAGCAGAUAUCUUCUUACAUCUCACUAGAAGGUUAACCAGGGAGCCUGGAGAAAUCUGGCAAAGGGGAAUGGGGUUGGUAUUGCCCCAGUGGGGCACAUGGUCUCCACUGAUACAAUCAAGAUUCUUUUAGGAAGGAAGAAGUGGGGGAUGAAUGGCUGUUGACAUACAACAAAUCAUACUUGCUGCAUGUUAUGAAACGUAAAGUUAUUUAUUAGUCUGUGUGAAGAAUGUAUCCCAGAGACCCACUUCUGUGUUCUGCCUUAUGUCUAUCAUGAUGGUUCUCCCCAGUUACAUUGCUGAAUAAACUCUGUGGACUGCUAAA